AUGAAGACAAAUUUUUUGCUGCUUUCAUCUUUGGCCGUUGCCCUCUUAGCAAAUGCUUGGCUUGGCGCAGCUGUUGCAGCUCCCAAUCCUGUGCUUGACAUCACCGGGAAGAAACUCCAGACCGAUGUCGAAUACUACAUACUGCCGGUUUUCCGGGGCCGAGGCGGUGGACUUACACUAGCCAGCACAGGCAACAAAACUUGCCCACUCGACGUAGUCCAAGACCGACUUGAGGUCAACAAUGGCCUCCCAUUAACAUUUUCUCCGGUGAACCUGACAAAAGGCGUUGUCCGCGAAUCCACCGAUCUCAACAUCAAAUUCUCCGCGGCAACAAUCUGUGUUCAGUCCACUGUCUGGAAGCUUGACUAUGAUGAAUCACUAAGACAAUAUUUUGUGACAAGUGGUGGAGUUGAAGGAAAUCCUGGCCGUGAAACCAUAAGCAAUUGGUUUAAGAUUGAGAAAUAUGAAGAUGACUACAAGCUUGUUUUCUGUCCAACGGUGUGUGAUUACUGCAGAGUCAUUUGUAGGUAUAUUGGCAUUUAUAACCAGAAGGGUGUUGGACGUUUGGCUCCGAGUGAUGUACCAUUUAAGGUCAUGUUCAAGGGGGCGUAA